AUGAACAGCUGCCUCUAUGCCCGGAGACCAGAAGAACUGAAUGGUGCCCAGCCACCAAUACUAAAGAUCUUGAUGAAAGAUCUACAGAAGAAUGUUGCUCAAAAAUGCCCGGGCGCGGGCCACCUGGGGCCCCGGCACCCUCCGGGCCGCCGCGCUUCUGCUAGUCCACGUUCCCCCGUGCCCCCGGCGCCAUCAACUCCGGGGCCUGCGUUCGCGAGUGCUAACAUUUUUGAAGCAACUGAGAAGAUCCACGGGAGGGAAGUUGAAAUACUCUUAAGUGACGAAUGCGUAGAACAGCCCAUCUUCACCACCCGAGCGCACGUCUUCCAGAUCGAUCCCAGCACCAAGAAGAACUGGGUGCCGGCAAGCAAGCAGGCGGUUACCGUCUCCUACUUCUACGAUGUCACACGAAACAGCUACCGGAUCAUCAGCGUGGACGGAGCCAAGGUGAUCAUAAACAGCACAAUCACCCCGAAUAUGACGUUCACCAAAACAUCACAGAAGUUUGGGCAGUGGGCAGACAGCAGAGCCAACACGGUGUUUGGUCUGGGAUUCUCCUCUGAGCAGCAGCUGACAAAGUUCGCAGAGAAGUUCCAGGAGGUGAAAGAAGCAGCAAGGCUAGCCAGAGACCGGUCGCAGGAGAAAAUUGAGACCUCAAGCAACCAUUCCCAAGCAUCGAGCGUCAACGGCACCGACGACGAGAAGGCCUCACACACCAGUCCUGCUGACGCCCACCUGAAGUCUGAGAACAGCAAGCUGAAGAUCGCUUUGACCCAGAGUGCUGCCAACGUGAAGAAAUGGGAGAUAGAGCUGCAGACGCUGCGGGAGAGCAAUGCCCGGCUGACCACGGCGCUGCAGGAGUCUGCGGCCAGUGUGGAGCAGUGGAAGAGGCAGUUCUCCAUCUGCCGUGAGGAGAACGACCGGCUCAGGAACAAGAUCGACGAGCUGGAGGAGCAGUGCGGCGAGAUCAACCGAGAGAAGGAGAAAAACUCCCAGCUGAAGCACAGGAUCGAGGAGCUGGAGUCCGAGCUCCGGGAGAAGGAGACGGAGUUGAAAGAUCUCCGAAAACAAAGUGAAAUCAUACCUCAGCUCAUGUCCGAAUGUGAAUACGUCUCGGAGAAAUUAGAGGCAGCUGAGCGAGACAAUCAAAACCUGGAAGACAAGGUGCGCUCUCUGAAGACAGACAUCGAGGAGAGCAAAUACCGACAGCGCCACCUGAAGGUGGAGUUGAAGAACUUUCUGGAGGUGCUGGACGGGAAGAUCGAUGACCUCCAUGACUUCCGCAGAGGCCUCUCCAAGCUGGGCACGGACAACUAGGGCUGGGUGUGUGUGCGAGUGUGUGUGUGCGUGCGCGUGCGUGCGUGAGACAAAAUAGGACUAGGCUACUCUCCUGUGUGUUUGCGUUGCUUUUGCAAAUGCAGGCGUAGUCUGUCGUGUUUCCAAACCAGGUGUGCCGUUCACUCAGCUCCUCUUCAGAUUAGAACCCUCCUCUCGCUUCUCCGCCUUGUGGGGCUGUGGACACCUGGAAGACUCUCACUCAGGAACCCAGACCUAGAUCUACCUAGUCGAUGCAGUCGGGGCAGGGAUGUUCAUAUCUUUCUCAAGGGCUGUUGCAACCAUAUGAACUGAAGACAGGGAGAAAGCAAGUCUUUUCUGAUCCAGAUAGGAAUAACUUUGGCAUCAGGCUGUUUCCUCAUUCUAUUGGCUGGUGUUGAGCGGACAUGAAUGUCCCAGAGGCCGCCACUCCACUCUCGGUCACUGUCGAGAUCCUUUACAACAACCACCAGUCCAGCCUUGUCCAGGGAGGGAAAGCGGGUUUCUGGAGGCGGGGUUGCUCCUGUGGGGGUGGCCUGCCUCCAGCCCAGGUUGCAGGGCCCCCGCUGUGCUCCUGGGUUUUCGCUUCUGAGCAGAUGGCUGUGCUGUGGGAACCGCAGGCAGGCAGGUGCCUAGCACAGUAUCCAUCCAGUACAAGUAGGUGCUUAAUAAAUAAUUGCUCCCUGAGACGUGUAAGCAGAGUAAAGUGUGUUCCUCGAACCUCAGGAGCCUGGCAGAGUCCACCCCUGUGAGAGACGCGCUGGGCAGUGAGCAGCAUGAAUGCAGUUCAUGGUGUGGUCGAACCCAAGAGUUUCCUGGCCGCCAUGGGCAGGAAGGGUGGCCUAGGAGGAAGCAGGAGCUGGGCCCAUGGUGUGUGUCCCUCGGGUUCUGUGGUAUAGGGCCGGCCCUUUUCCUAUGGCCCAGGGAAUCCCAGGACCCCUGGCUGUUCAUGGUAUGGGGCUGCCCAGGGCUUGGCACCUAGGGUGGGGCCCUCUGUUGAGAUGCUUACUGAAUCGCUCAGGCCCACAGGGGAGAGAGAGGUGAGCUGGCUGAGUCUUGUCCCAGGCCGGCCUCUGCCCUUCUCAGGAUCCACCAAGGAGGGGCUGAAGCCGUGAGCCUCUCCCCCCAGCCUACAGAGCUGUUCAUGGGCCUCCCUUUCUCAGGGCACUGCUGGCCUUUCCUCCUGGGGCAUACUGGCUCGGGCAUGGCAGGAGGCUCCCCACGCUUGCCCCACACAUUUCUAAAUGCUUUCUGGGGGACUUUGGUGGACCCUUCCCCUUUGAAGGAUCGCCUAAAGAAUUAAUGUUCUCCAGUGGUUAGAAUGUGCCCUGCUGGAUUCCUGCUUGAGGGGCCUGGGUUUCGAGCUGAGACAUCGGUCCUGUGGCUUUCUCAUCUAGCCGAGCCCCCUCUCUAAGCAAAGAGGCCCCCUUGGGGUGGGAAGGGAAGCAAGGUGUUUGGUCUGGAGCAUGGAGGCACUUGAAGGGAGACCCCCGCAGGUGUCGUGGGGCCACGUGGGGGCUUUAGUUGAGCUCCCUGGACUCUUAAGGAGUGCAGAAAGGGAAGCGUGGAGGGAGAGGGGCAGACAGGAAAGGGCAGGUGUGGUCUGCCCAGUCGUGAUGGGUAAGGUGGAGCUGGCCCUGCCCUUUCCCCAGAGGCCCAGGGAGCCCUCCUGGCAACCAGUCUUUGAUAGUGCUCCAUGCACCGGCCCCGCCAGAACCUUAGAGAGCUGAGCUGUCAACGAGCCGGCCACCACCACCAUCCCUUAGGUGACAGACAGGAGCAUGCUGAGUGACAUGUCCAGCGGAGGAUGGGCCCUUGGUGUAAAGCCUUUUGUGCAUUCCAGUAGCAGUGACUCGGGGACAAAAAUGUUGCCCGUGGUGGAGUCAUUGCCGUGGUCGGUGGCUACUUUGUCCCUCUGUGGUUGAGACACGUGAUCUGGCCUCCCCAGCGGGGAGGGGUUGGUCAGAGAGUAGGUGAGGGAUGGCGACAGAGUGCCCUUCCUAUGUGGGCUCCUCUAGUGCCAACUCUUGAUGCUGUCCAGGAGCUCAAAGCGGUAGGGACUCCUUCGAAGGGGAAUCACUGGGCAGGGCCAACCUGAGUGCAACCGUUGAUGCACUCAGCCACUAACCAGCUACUCAGCGGUGCCUUGGCAGAAAGGCCUGGCAAUCCACUUCCUGGAGAUCGGCCACCGAAACUCCGUGGAGCUCACUUCUACGCUGGUCACCGUGCGUGGGAGCCGAUCUGCUUGGCAGCUGGUCUUGACGUCGAGUUCAUCCGUAACAACACAGAGCUUCCAGAAAGCACUGGGCUUUCCAGUCUUUCUCGAAAGAGGAUGAAGUGUUUCUCUACCUGCUGAAUGACUAAUAAAAGUAAUGGCUAGGAAUGACCUAA